AUGAGGGCCCAGAGAAGGCCUUAUUAUGAGCAGAAACCCUGUCUCCUUGAGAAACCCCCUCCUAGAGCCACAUACCACAGCGUUAGCUCUGCCCACUUGUGUCCGAAAUGGUUCCCCUCAUCCCGGUGCAUCCUUCAGCAGUCCCACUUCGACCCCCCCUCACCCCUGAGUGCGCUGAGCUUCGCUGAGUUCAGCCCCUUCGCCUGGAGACUCGGGCUUAUCUGGUACCAAGGAGGACGCCUUUCAGGACCUGUACGUCGCGACGUUUGUGGACUCUACCGGGCGCAGGGGGGACUGUGGACCGGGUACCGGGCAUUACAGCGCAUCUCGUUGCAUCUGGUCUCACAGAGGCCUGGCCCCAGAGGAUCCCCUGGGCAGCCAGGACCCCCAGGACCUGCAGGAAGAGAUGGCACAGAUGGAAAAGAUGGCCCUGCAGGCCUCCCAGGAAAAGCAGGACCCAAAGGAAAAGCUGGGAUUCCAGGCAAAUCCGGAAACCCGGGAUUGCCUGGUCUACCUGGAGUGGAUGGUUUGACUGGUCCUGACGGCCCCGCCGGGAAAGAUGGACCUGCAGGAGUACCUGGUGAACCAGGACCCCCAGGACCAGCCGGGCCUCCGGGCAGAGGGAGAGCAGGGGCAGCAGGGUUACCUGGAACUAAUGGUCUCCCAGGUGGAAUCGGACCACAGGGCUCAACUGGUCUUGAGGGGCUUCCUGGACUUCCCGGCCCAGCUGGUCCUGAUGGCCCUCCUGGUCUCCCAGGCACACUCCAGGAUCUGAAUGGGGACCUUCUGUGUCCCGCUAUAUGCCCCCCUGGUCCCCCCGGCCCCCCUGGGAUGCCAGGAUUCAAGGGUCACACAGGACACAAGGGAGACAAAGGAGAGGUUGGGAAGGAUGGAGAGACGGGAGACGCUGGACCACCAGGGCCCCCUGGGAUUCCAGGCACUGUAGGUCUGCAGGGUCCGCGAGGACUGAGGGGACUGCAAGGACCCAUGGGUGCAGUCGGUGACAGAGGCCUUCCUGGCUUCAGAGGGAAACCUGGUGCUGCAGGCCUCAUUGGAAAGACAGGUGACGCUGGAGAGAAAGGACCACAGGGCUUCAGAGGACCAAAGGGAGAGAUUGGUAAGAUCGGCCCUAAAGGAGCACCUGGAGGGCCGGGUCCAAAAGGGGAGCCUGGAAUUCCAGGCAGAGACGGCAAAGACGGCACACCAGGGCUGGAUGGAGAGAAGGGCGAGGCUGGACGACACGGUGUAGUCGGAGAGAAGGGACCGAACGGACUUCCUGGUCUCCAGGGAAGGGCUGGUACAAAGGGAUCCACAGGAGAAGUUGGUGAUCCAGGAAAGACUGGUGAGACCGGACCCUCGGGCGAGCCAGGUAUUCCUGGUGAUAUUGGCAUCCCAGGAGAGCGGGGAAUAGCUGGGCCCAGAGGAGUUGCUGGAGGAAUCGGGCCUGUGGGCAAUGGAGGGCCUCAGGGAAUCAAGGGCUUUCAGGGAAUGAAAGGAGCGCUGGGGGAUCCUGGUCUGCCUGGGCCGACUGGAAUCCGUGGAGAGUUUGGUGAAAGAGGACCAGUUGGUGCGUAUGGGGCUAAAGGAGAUAUGGGUGUGGCAGGUAGUGAUGGUCUGCCAGGAGAGAACGGAGAACCUGGUCCAUUUGGUCCAGUUGGUCAAAAGGGAGCGCCAGGCAAAACUGGAGAACUGGGACCCAAAGGUGUGACGGGACCACAGGGGGAGCUGGGUGCACGAGGCCCUCCUGGAAAAACGGGCAUUAUGGGUUUCCAAGGGGAACAGGGAAUGCCAGGAAUCGCAGGAAAGAAUGGCGUACCGGGUAAACUGGUGAGUGAGCAGCACAUCCGAGAGCUGUGUGGCUCCAUGAUCAAUGACCAGAUCGCACAGCUGGCAGCUAACCUGCGACGGCCCCUGGCUCCAGGAAUGGUGGGUCGACCAGGUCCCGCAGGCCAACAUGGAAAACCUGGUGCGGUGGGGUCCAUCGGGCACCCAGGCGCCAAAGGUCCCCCCGGGUACAGAGGGCUUCCAGGAGAACUGGGAGACCCUGGUCCAAGAGGUGCCGUUGGUGAGCAGGGCGACAAAGGGCCCAUCGGAAAAGCUAUCGAGGGUCCUGCUGGAGACCAGGGGUACCAAGGUAUUCCAGGAGUGCCAGGUAUUGUGAAAGAUGGGCGGGACGGGUCCCCAGGAGACCCUGGUGAGCCUGGAGAGUCAGGCAGAGUAGGAAGGACUGGGCACCAGGGAACCCCUGGAAUCUGUGACACAUCAGCCUGCCAAGGGGCAGCCCCUCAUGGGAAAUCUACAAACCCCAAAAACCAUUAA